AUCAAAAUGUAAUAUUUUAUUGGGCAAGCUACAAUAUGACCCACACUCUCAGCCCCAUUUUAAAACUGAGCGGCAACUUGCAGAAAAAUAAAAAACUGGACGGGCUCGACGCAGUUUGCGGACCAAAUUCUUCCAGCAACGAUCAAGACUCCAUUACAGCAACCAUCCACCACCAAAUCCCCGAAAAGAGCACAGUGGCCUCAACUCAAAUGCGCCACAAAAAAACAAACAAAACAACACCCAGUUCAUUUCAAUCGCCUCUUUAUAAUACAAUCGAUCUUCAAAGUUGAAUCGAAAGAGAGAGCUCCCUCCCUUGGCGGUUCGUUUCUCCUCCCUGCUCCAUUGCUGUUCUUUAGCAAUCGCGCGAUAUAAAAGAGAAACUAAGUGGGGAGCUUCCUCCGUGUCCAAGCAUUGCUAGGAAUUUCUUGGACGGUUCAAUCGGAUUUAAGUUGCUUUUUCCAACUCAUUUUCAAUUGGGUUUCUCGAUUACUCUGCGAUUCGUUAUUUCUAGAUUCGAAUCAUCGAGUGAGGAAGUGAAAUUUUGAAAAUCGAUUGAUAUGUCUUUUGCUUCGUCGUUGGUUGUCUCUUCCAACGUCGAAAUUUCGCCAUCGAACUUCGGGUUUCUUGAUUCAGUUCGAGAUGGAUCUCAAAUUCCCGAUUCUUCGAGAUUCUUUUCCCGAAAUCGAGCUGCGAAAAUGAUGAAAAAGAGACACAAAUGGGGCAAUUACUCUCGCUCCUCACAAUUGAAGUACCCAGUUAUUGCUGCAAGUAUGGUGGUGAAUCCCGCCGGAGCAAUGACCAUCUCGUCGGAGCAAAAGGUGUACGACGUGGUUAUGAAACAGGCGGCUCUGGUGAAACGGCAGCUGAGGACCGCCGGAGAAUUGGAUGUGAAGCCAGAUAUUGUUCUUCCUGGGACUCUGAGCUUGUUGAAUGAAGCUUAUGAUCGCUGUGGUGAAGUUUGUGCAGAGUAUGCCAAGACAUUUUAUCUGGGAACUAUGCUGAUGACUCCCGAGAGACAAAAGGCUAUUUGGGCAAUAUAUGUGUGGUGUAGGAGGACAGAUGAGCUUGUUGAUGGGCCAAAUGCUUCACACAUAACACCAUCAGCAUUGGAUAGAUGGGAGGCAAGGUUGGAAGAGCUUUUCCAAGGGAGGCCUUUUGAUAUGCUCGACGCCGCUUUAGCCGAUACCGUUACUAAGUUUCCUGUCGACAUUCAGCCGUUUAAAGAUAUGAUCGAAGGGAUGAGAACGGAUCUAAGGAAGUCGAGAUACAAAAAUUUUGACGAACUAUAUCUCUACUGUUAUUAUGUUGCUGGAACAGUUGGGUUGAUGAGUGUUCCUGUGAUGGGCAUUGCACCUGACUCGCAAGCAAGCACAGAGAGUGUGUACAAUGCUGCUUUGGCUUUAGGCAUUGCUAACCAACUUACAAACAUUCUCAGAGAUGUUGGAGAAGAUGCUAGAAGAGGAAGAAUAUACCUACCACAAGAUGAGCUAGCACGGGCAGGGAUUUCAGACGAGGAUAUAUUUGCUGGAAGAGUAACUGAUAAAUGGAGGAACUUCAUGAAGAGUCAAAUUAAACGAGCUCGAACGUUCUUUGAUGAGGCCGAAAAAGGAGUGUUGGAGCUUAGUAACGCUAGCAGAUGGCCGGUGUGGGCUUCAUUGCUACUGUAUCGGCAAAUAUUGGACGAGAUUGAAGCAAAUGACUACAACAACUUCACGAAGAGGGCAUAUGUGAGCAAAGCCAAGAAAAUGAUGGCACUUCCAAUGGCUUAUGCAAGGUCUCUCCUUCGCCCUUCAUGAACUUGCACGAAAAUUUUGUAUGUAAACAUGUUCUUUAAUUAUAUAGUUCCUCUCCUUCAUUAGUCAAAUAAAGUUAGCCACGAAACUAAUGGAAAAGAAGCUCAAUACAUGAGGUAAAGGAAAA